AUGUCUUUACAGGCUCAUUCAUCUGUAUUAUCCCCUUCGGAUGACGUGAGCAUUGAUCCAACAACAAACACAGGUUCUAAUCCUCAAGGGCAUACUAGAACAUUUUCCAAUCAAGGGAUUGGAUCAUCACCAAGUAGUGAUGGUUUUCUCUCUAAAAUUUCCAAAUACUUUAAAUCAUCAACUCCACCAACACCAACCUCUUCGUCAUCAACAGUUACAUCUCCUUCUACUUUAACUCCUUCUGGUGGAGGUAAUAAUAAUAGUACAAGUACAACUGGACAAUAUUAUUCAAAUUCUGUUAAUAAUAUAGGUAGUAGUAAUAGUACAAUAACAACACCAAAUACUAGUAAUGUUGUUGGGAGUACAAAUACUCCCGACUAUUACCAACAAAAACAAAAACAACUUCAAAAGAAGCAAAAGAAGAAGGGAACAACACCAAAACCAGGAACAAUAUCAAAAGUUAGAGGAGCUUCUUUCCCAAUAGAAGCCAUUUCCGAACAAAUUGUUGGUGUUUUCCCUCAAAAUUCGAAUAUAACAACAUCAGAAGAUGAUUCACUCUCUGAAAAAUCUAAAGUUUAUGAUCCUUUUGAAGAAGGCCCAAGAAUGUCUAUCGGAAGUGAUAAUGGUUCAAAUUCUUCAUCAGCAGGAAAUACAUUUGUAAUUAGAAACUCUGGAAAUAUUAGUAAUUAUCUGAGUGAUGAUGAAGGUGUUUCUGAAUCAAAAUUAGAAAAAUUCAGACAAAUAUUAAACUCUAACGAUGAUAUCGAUAUUGAAAAUUUACGGAAAUUAAGUUGGAGAGGAAUACCUUCAUCUGUGAGAGCAGUUGUAUGGAAAAUUCUUCUUGGUUACAUGCCAUUGAAUAGAGAAAGAACCGAACAAAUUAUAAAUAGAAAAAGAAAGGAAUACCUUGAUUACGUGUCCAAGUAUUAUAAUGAAGAACAUUUACAAAAAACAGAACAAGAAACUGCUCUUCAAAAACAAAUUCAUAUUGAUGUAAUUAGAACAAAUCCAGAUCUUCAACUUUAUCAAAAUCCAAGAAUACAGCAAGCCUUGGAAAGAAUUUUAUAUAUAUGGAGUAUUAGACAUCCAGCCAGUGGAUAUGUACAAGGUUUAAAUGAUCUUGUGACACCAUUUAUGAGUGUAUUUUUAUAUGAUUUUAUGAAAUGUGAUAUUUUAACUUGUGAUCCUGAUACAAUUUCAAAUGAAAUUAUGGAACAUAUGGAAUGUGAUAGUUUUUGGUGUUUUACACAAUUCAUUGAUUUCAUUCAAGAUCACUAUACAUUUGCUCAACCAGGUAUUCAAAGAAUGGUUAACAAACUCGAAGAAAUUAUUCAAAAGAUUGAUGAAUCUCUAUUUAAUCAUUUACAAUCGAACGGAUUAGAAUUUAUUCAAUUCUCAUUCAGAUGGAUGAAUUGUUUAUUAAUGAGAGAAUUAUCACUUAAACUUGUUGUAAAAUUGUUUGAUGCUUAUAUUGCAGAAGGUGAUGAAUUUGAAAAUUUCCACACUUAUGUUUGUGCAGCAUUCCUCAAGACGUGGAGUGAAAGACUUCAAAAGAUGGACUUUGCAGAAAUGGUCAUGUUCCUUCAACAUUUACCAACUCGUACCUGGACUUUUAAUGAGAUGGAACUUCUCUUAUCACAAGCUUACAUGUUAAAAGUUCUCUAUGAUGGUAACAACCACCUCAAUUAAUUUAUUUCCCAAAUUUGUAAUAAAACUUUAAAUUGC